UAUGAUGCGGAAGUCUUCUAUGAGAUGAUUCUUCAUGGUAAACAAAUGGUGCUUCAUCUGAGAAAGACAGAGGACCUUUUAUCCCCAAACUACAGUGAAACACAUUACUCCCAAGGAGGGGAGGAGAUCACCAUGAAUCCUCAGUUCAUGGAUCACUGUUAUUACCAAGGGCAUAUUCUUCAUGAAAAGGACUCUGCUGCUAGCAUUAGUACUUGUGAUGGCUUGAGGGGAUACUUCAGGAAGCAUGAUCAAAGGUAUCUCAUCGAACCUCUAGAGCACUCUGAUCAGGGAGAGCACGCCAUCUUCAAAUAUGACCACAAGACCCAAGACACAAGCAAUGGGAGCUGUGUGGUGGACAACUUCUCCAAGGCAGAUGCCAUCACUCAGGCCCCCAGGUCUGGCCUCAGUUUAGAAAUGCAAAUGUACUUAAAAGAAAAGAAGUAUAUUGAACUCUUCAUUGUUGCUGAUCAUGCCUUGUACCGAAGACAUAACCAUGUGCAGAAAUGGCUGCGUACCCGGAUUUUCAGCAUGGUCAAUUUUGUCAACAUGCUUUAUAAGACCUUGAAUACUCGAGUGAUCUUGGUUGGUCUUGAAAUGUGGACAAACGGAGAUAAAAUAGAAGUCAAUUCAAACCUGGGUACCACCCUCCUUUACUUUGGUGGCUGGCAGGAGACAACCUUGAAAAAACGAAAGAAUUUUGAUCAUGCUCUGCUACUCAGCGGAAACUGGCUCUCACAGACUGCUCAGGGAACAGCAUUCCCUGGAGGGAUGUGUGUGCCCUACCAUUCCUCCAGUAUUGUAAAGGAUCACUUACAUGAUACCAACAUGGUGGCUGACAAAAUGGUGCACGAGCUGGCUCACAGCCUUGGAAUGCGGCAUGACACCUAUCCCUGUACCUGUACCUAUGGACGAUGUGUGAUGGAUGGAGGAGGAAGCAUCCCCUCCCAAGGAUUCAGCAAAUGCAACAGGAACCAAUAUCGUCAAUAUCUCCUGGAUUACAAGCCCAUGUGCAUCCUUAACAUUCCACUUUCUAAGGACAUAGUUACACUCCCAAAGUGUGGGAACCAUAUAUUAGAAGUGGGAGAGGAGUGUGAUUGUGGCAGCUUGGAGGACUGUACCAAUGUUUGCUGUGAAGCCAAGAAGUGUACACUGAAGCCUGGAAGUGCCUGUGGAGGGGGAGAAUGUUGCGAGUCUUGUAAGAUUAAGAAAGCUGGGGCCCUGUGCAGAACAGCCAAAGAUGAGUGUGAUCUGCCCGAGGUGUGUGAUGGCUUCUCCCCUAAGUGUCCUGUGGACCAAUUCCAAGUGAAUGGAUUUCCUUGCCAAAACUCUGAAGGCUAUUGUUUCAUGGGGAAAUGCCCCACUCGAGACAGUCAGUGUUCUGAGAUGUUCAAAGAUGAGGCUAAAAGUGGUCAUGAUAUCUGCUACGAAAAAAAUAAAGGAGGACAUAAAUUCGGUUACUGCAAAAAGGUGGACAACAGAUUUAUUCCCUGCAGUGAAAAAGAUCUGAAAUGUGGGAAGAUAUACUGCACUGGAGGCCAGUACUUUCCAACCUAUGGGGAGGACAAAACCUACCACCUUAAGAUUCCAGAGCAGAAUAUUACAGUGGAAUGCAAAACAUUCUUCCCAUUCCAGUACAGAGAAGAUCUAGGCAUGGUUGUUUCAGGAACAAAAUGUGGGGAUGGAAAGGUGUGCAAAAAUGGUGAAUGUAUGAAUAUUGAGACAGUCUAUGAUGCCACCAAUUGCUCUUCCCAGUGCCCAGGAAAUGCUGUAUGUGAUAGCCAACUCCAAUGUCAAUGUGAAGGGCUGACACAUCCUAAUUGUGAGGACACCACGUUUACUACCAAUAUCUCUAUUGUGGCUGGAGUGCUGACCAUGGUCCUGGCCACAGUUGUGAUUGCUGUUUUGUUUGUCCAUCGCCAAAAGGCCAGUAAGCAGAAGCAAGUUCAUGGCCCUCCCACCACCACACCUUCAUUGGGCAAUCAAGGGCACUCAAGUGAGGAGCCACCGCAGACCAGGACCGAGCCAGUUGUUUGCGCCCAAGAUCAAAAUGCUUCAGACACCUUUGAGGAUAUCCCUGCUGGUUAUUCAAGUCCACAGUACAUUACCAUGAGAUCAGCUGGUAAGGAAUCCAGAGGAGCUCCAGUCUCCAACCAAAAUGUUAGAAUACCACCUGCAAAACCAAGGAUUCCUCCACCACCAAUUCCUACCAUGACACCACCUUUCUCUCCCCAGGGGUUGAAAUUAGAAGCCCAAAACAGCCCUACCAGGCUAAGUUGAGAAUUCUGGAUGGAUGUGAGACCUUCAUGACCUACAAAAGCUACAUGUUAUUGAAUUUCUAAAUGUCAUGAAACAGAGCAGACAAGUUGUUUUUUAACACCACCACGUUGUAUGAGACCCACUGUUUCAAUGUAUGUUCUGGUAAUUUCCUCUUAUGAGACUAGGGAACAUCUGGCCAAAUAGCCUCUGAGGUCCAGUUUAUGCUAUUACAUCAAAACAAUAAAUUAGGACUUUGGGGGUGGAGUGGGGAAGAAUAGGAUAUUCCCUACCUCAUGGGAGAGUCAAGAAAUUUCCUUUCACCUGAACACUAUGCCUUGAAUACAACUAGGCCCACACCAGCUUGAAAGGUGAUAGGUGGGGCAAGGUAACUAUGACAGUUAGGUCAAUGCUGCCAUGUACCAAUUUAUCUUCAUUCUUUAGAAAACAAAUACACCAUUGUCCUGAUUUGCCUUGUUUUAUUCAAUGGGAGCACUAGGUAGCAGUGACAGAUCUCUUGGACUUGAUGGCAUUUGAGGUCUUUUGUGACUGUGGUGUUUAAAAAGUUGGAGAGCAUAAUUUCUGAGUAAUUAGUCAUUUUAUUAAUAAUACCAGCAUUUUAAUAA